AUGUACUCAAGUUGGGCGUACUCUUUGCUUCAUGAGUUCAAAAAUGAUCCAACACAGAUAUCAGCAAAACAGUGGCAGGGACAAGAAUCGACGAAGGGACCAACAACGGUUUUGAUAAAACCCGAUGGGAAAACCCUAGAGGCAUUUGGCUUUGAGGCGGAGACAAGAUAUACAGAACUGAUAGACGAAGACGAGCAUGAAUCGUACUACUUCUUCAAAAGAUUUAAAAUGAAGUUAUGGAACCAGGCAAGUACAUGUCAGAGCUGGUAUCAAGAAACAAAUCUCACUGUUGCUCUAGAACCAGAGGCAGCGUCAUUGUUUUGUCGCCUCCUACCGGUCGAACGAAGUGGAAAUAAAACGUCGCUCGGCAAACUGAAAGCUAAACAGAAAUAUCUGGUGUUGGACGCGGGAGGUGGGACAAUAGAUAUUACCGUCCAUGAAGUGUUGCAGUCGAUGGAGGUAAAGGAACUGUACAAGGCGAGCGGCGGUGCUUGGGGUGGAACUAAGGUUGACGAAGCCUUCAAAGGGUUUAUCAAUGACAUUGCAGGGUUCGACGCCAUGGCCGAUUUAAAGCGUAAACACCUCGACGAUUACAUCGAAUUGUUUCGUCGAUUCGAAAACAAGAAGCGGUCCAUUUCACCAGACAUAGACAGCAAAACGGUUAUUCCCCUUCCUCAGUCCCUGUGCUCAUUGAUAGAGAAACGACAGGGACGAGCCUUGUGUGACCUCAUCAAGAACACGUCUUAUGCCAAUUUGGUGUCAAUGAAAAACGAGAAGGUUAACAUCGACGCUAGCGUUGCUAGACAGUUUUUCGAUACAUCUGUUUCAAGCACAGUUGAGCACUUGAAGAACAUUCUAAGCUUGCCAGUAAACAGGGGUGUAGAAGCUAUUUUGAUGGUAGGUGGAUUUUCAGAGUCACCUAUGCUUCAACACGCCGUUAGCACGGAGUUCGGAGCUGUGAAAAGAAUUGUUCCACGGGAAGCAAGCCUGGCAGUACUGAAAGGGGCUGUAAUAUUUGGGCACAACACAAAAGCUAUCAAAGAACGUAUUAGCCAACGUACUUACGGUGUUGAAACGACUUCUCCUUUCGAUGCAACCAAACACGUUGUGACCAAAAAGAAAUAUUAUGAAGGAAAAGCCCGAUGCCGCAAUGUGUUUGAAAAACAUGUAGAAAUCGGACAGAAACUUACUGUUGGCAAAGCACAAUCUAACAUAAUAUAUCAUCCUCUAUAUGCUCACCAAACUUUUAUCAGCCUGCCAAUUUUCACAACGUGCGAUAAGAAUCCCAUGUACACGACAGACCCGGGGUGUAUUCAGGUUGGGAACCUUGAAAUACCAAUAUGUGGCAGCGGAACAAACAGAUGGGUAAACGUACGAUUCAUUUCUGGAGGGACGGAAAUCGAUGUCGAGGCAACAGAGAAAGCAACAGGAAAGGUUCACCACUUGAAGAUAGACUUUCUGACAUAA